UUUAGAUGCGAUGCGAGUGCGACGCGCUCAUUUAUUUAUUUACCCCGAAGUCUAAGAUUUAUUUACCCUGUCUUGAGCCUUAAGCCCUUGCCCUAACCCUAACUAUCACCCAACAAAUAGAAACUCUAAGUUUCCCAUACUGUUUUAUUUAAAACGCACUCUGUGUGACUUUUUAGGGGCUCCUUAUGGACAGCUGGUAAAUUAAUAAAUAAAAUUGUUGCAAAAUGGCUGAGAAAAGAAAGCGUAGCCAAAAUUUUACGGAUGACGAAAAACACAAAUUAAUUAAAUUGCUAAUGGAGCAUAAAGACAUUAUAUUAAGUAAAAAAACGGAUGGAGCCACGAAUGAAGCUAAAUUAUCUGCGUGGAUGCAAAUAACCGCUUCAUUUAACGCUACUGGAUCAGUAUUCAGAUCAAAACAAUCUUUAUUGAAAAUGUGGGAAAAACUCAAAAGUGCUAGCAAAUCAUAUUAUUUUUCUACCAGAGAAAGUAUAGAACAGGCUGGUAGUGGAGGCACAUGUACUGUUAAAAGAGACCCUAUAUUGGCACAGGUGUGUGCCAUGUUGGGUCACAGUUGCACAGAAAUUGAGGAAGAGAAUGUUUCUAAUGUUGUUGAGGCGAUAAUAUCUGAAUGUGAUAGCGAUAAUGAAAGUCUACCAAAAGUCAUCAAUUGUGAAAUUGAUGUGGAAAUACCAUUUGCAGCUGAUGAUCCACUAAAGGUUCCUAGACUAUGGUCAAGAUCAAGGAGACGACGAGCUUCCUCAAUUAAUGAGAGACAAGAAGCCAUGAACUCUCGGGAUUCGGGAUUCAAAGAUGAAAAGAAGAAAGAUGUGGAAGAGUUAAAGAUUAUGUUGCUUGAAGAAGAGCUCACCACUAAAAGACAACUCAAUGAGCUACAUAUCCAAGCUGCUAGAAAAGAACUCAUUAUUAAAGACUUAGAAAUAGAAAUAAGAAAGGCAGCACUGGAAAGAGUACAAGGAGGUAGUCUACCAUGGCCAAGUGUUUUUGGAGGUUUAGUUAAAGAGGAACAUUAAAUUAAUUAUAUUCUUAAAAUAAAAAA